AUGGAGUCUGACUCAGAAGAAAUGUUUGGUGAAAUUGACAAACUGCGCGAUGAAUUAUCGGAUAGAUUAACGGACAGUCCAACCACCCAUCAGCAAGACGAAGAGGGAAUCGGGGACCAGGAAGUUUUGGACCGAAUUGAGAAAGUUAUCCUGGAUAUAAUCGCCAGUUUGUCAAAAUAUGAAGCUCCUGUCCUAGAACUGACCAACAGAUCCAGCUGGACCAAUGUUAGUUUUGAAAGUGCCGUCGGACUUCAAAUGAACUCUGGAGGAGGCUCUGUCACUGCCAUAAGGAGUGACUGUCCCACAUCUGUCACUAAAUUUGCUCACGUCACCAAGAUUCUGGCCAUCAUGUACAAACUUGUGCAGAGCGACUCAUACGCUACGAAAAGGGACAUUUAUUACAACAACACCCAGCUGUUUGGAUCUCAGAAAAAUGUUGAUUGUACGGUCGAUGAUAUUUCCUGCAUGCUCAAGGUUCCUCGCAGGAGGCUACAUGUGUUGGCGACCUCCAAAGGAUUUAUCUCAGGGGAUCUCUGUUACCUUGAAGAGGACGGCACAAAGGUCGACUGCCACUCCAGCUCUGCUGCUGUUCCAGUUUCAUCAAAUGUCAUCGGAAUCAAACAUAUUGUGUCACCUGCAAAGUUUGUUAUAGUUGUGGAGAAGGAUGCAACGUUUCAGAGACUGCUCGAUGACGACUUCUGCACGAAGCUCUCCCCUUGCAUCAUAAUCACAGGUAAAGGCGUCCCAGAUGUGAACAGCAGGCUGAUGGUCAGAAAGCUUUGGGAUACACUGCAUAUCCCCAUAUUUGCUCUGAUGGAUUCUGACCCGUCUGGCAUUGAGAUCAUGUCUAUCUACAAGUACGGAUCAGUGGCCAUGUCAUUUGAGGCUCACAGUCUGACUGUCCCCAGCGUUAUGUGGCUAGGCCUCCUCCCCUCCGACAUCCAGAGGUUGCGAGUUCCCCAAAAUGUCCUGAUACCACUAACCCGGAGAGAUGAGAACAAACUGAGGAGCCUGCUCGAGAGACCCUACCUCGCCCACCAGCCAGCCUGGCAUAAAGAGAUGACACUGAUGCAGCAGAAUAAGGUCAAGGCUGAGCUCCAGUCGCUGUCUGCCAUAGCCCCCAACUACCUCACUCGGGUCUACCUACCCAACAAGCUGCGCUAUGGGGGCUGGAUAUGA